UCAUUUACUCAAUCUCUGUUUUUCUUCUCUACCACUCUCUGGUCUUUCUCUUACACACGCAAAUACGUAUAUAAACACACACACAAACUCUUAAGCUUCUUGAUUAGAGAAAGAGAAAGAUUCACAAGAAAAUAAUCUUACUUGGUUCUUGUUUCUUUUCUAUGAACAUUAUUACCCUGAAGUAAUAUUUUCAUUCAGACCUUUCUAGUCAAAUGGAUCCAACGGACCGUCGCAACCCUUUCAACAAUCUGGCGUAUCCGCCGCCACCGCCACCGCCUUCAACUACCUUCACAAGCCCUAUAUUUCCACGAGGAAGCUCUUCCGGCACGACUUUUCCCAUUCUCGCCGUGGCAGUGAUCGGAAUCUUAGCCACUGCACUCUUGCUUGUAAGUUAUUACAUCUUUGUCAUAAAAUGCUGUCUCAACUGGCACCAAAUCGACAUCUUCCGCCGCCGCAGCAGACGAAGCGGUGAUCAGAACCCUCUAAUGAUAUACACUCCUCAUGAGCUAAACCGAGGUCUCGACGAGUCAGCCAUCAGAGCGAUCCCAAUCUUCAAGUUCAAGAAGAGAGACGUUGCUUCAGGAGGAGGAGGAGAAGAUCAGAAUAAGAGCUCACAAGAAUGCUCUGUUUGCUUAAACGAAUUCCAAGAAGACGAGAAGCUGAGGAUUAUACCUAAUUGUUGUCACGUGUUUCACAUUGAUUGUAUCGAUAUUUGGCUUCAGAGCAACGCGAAUUGUCCCUUGUGUAGAACCAGCGUUUCGUGGGACGCAAGUUUCUCUCUUGACCUAAUCUCUGCUCAAAAUUCUUCACCAGUGGAUAAUCCUCCUCUUCCUACUCCUCCUAGCAACGAGGUUUUAAGAGGCGACGAUGACUUCUUGGUGAUUGAGCUCGGGACAAGUAAUGGUGAUAACAGACGAAGCGUGAGAAACAGAGACUUUCUUGCGGAACAAGAAAGGGCUACCUCGGACGAGGUGUUGAUCAGUCCUUCCCCUAGAAAAUUCGAUCAUGGUGCAAUGCAUAAUAAAGAGAGAAUCUUUCAUAAAGUGACGAGUAAAGGAGAUGAGUGCAUCAAUACUCGUGGCAAAGAUCAUCAGUUCGGUGAAAUUCAGCCCAUAAGAAGAUCAGUCUCGAUGGAUUCUUCAGUGGAUCGCCAGCUGUACCUGGAGCUUCAAGAAGUGAUUGGUCGGAAUACCGGGGAGAUUCCAGUGAUGGUUGGAGAUUGUAGCGGUAGUGGUGGUGAUGGUAAUAACAGAGUGUUGAAGAGAUGUUUCUUCUCUUUUGGAAGUAGUAGAGGUUCUAGAAAUUCCUCAAUACUGCCUGUUUAGUUGAACUUGAAAUCCUAAUUGUUGUUCCUUUCUUUAUUUUUUUCUUUAAAUCUUGUUUUAUUGAAUUUUUCAAAAUUGUUAUAUCUAGAGGUGAAGUGAUUCAAAUUAUUUUGGAGGGUGAAGUAGGAGAACCAUAAGUGUGUGCACUGUUUGUAAAUCAAAAGAAGUUGAUGGAUUUGAAUAGUAUCGUGGAAAUGUAACGGAAUAGUGUUA